CGGCGUUUAUCUGUUGUGCGUCCGCGGGCGCGCGUUAGUUGGUCCGGGUGCGAGGUCGAGGCUGCGCGGUCUGCUGGGUCCCGCGCUCCAGUCCCGGUUCCCCGCCCGCCCUCGGAGCGCCCGGCGCCCACCUGACCCCGGUUCGCGGUCGCAGCGCCGUCGCUGAGGCGCCAUGUCGCAGAGCGGGACUCCUGGACUGCAGGAGGAGAACUUGCAAGGCUCCUGGGUGGAAUUGCAUUUCAGCAAUAACGGGAAUGGGAGCAGCGCUCCGGCCUCUGCUUCUAUUUAUAACGGCGACCUGGAGAAGAUCCUGCUGGACGCCCAGCACGAGUCCGGACGGAGCAGCUCCAAGAGCUCCCACUGCGACAGCCCGCCCCGCUCGCAGACCCCUCAGGAUACGAACCGAGCUUCGGAGAUAGACACGCACAGCAUCGGAGAGAAGAACAGCUCUCAGUCCGAGGAAGAUUAUAUGGAGAGAAGGAAAGAAGUGGAAAGUAUCUUGAAGAAAAACUCAGACUGGAUAUGGGACUGGUCCAGCCGGCCGGAAAACAUCCCCCCCAAGGAGCUCCUUUUCAAGCACCCGAAGCGCACGGCCACACUCAGCAUGAGGAACACGAGCGUGAUGAAGAAGGGGGGCAUCUUCUCGGCCGAGUUCCUCAAGGUCUUCCUCCCGUCACUGCUGCUCUCGCACCUGCUGGCCAUCGGGCUGGGGAUCUACAUCGGAAGGCGUCUCACCACCUCCACCAGCACCUUCUGAUGAAGAUUCGGAGCCGGGCUCCUCCCCGCGGCGGCGCUGCCGGAGGCCUGUCCCGUCCCCAGGAAGCUGCACCACUGGGAUCUCAAUGCUGCGCUCCGUUCAGUGACACGAGAUGAAAGACGAGCCGGAAGGCGGCGGCUAACCUGUAAUCGUGUCCAUGGGAUCAGUUAGUGCGCAUGUCCUGUUGAUUAAUAUCUACCGUAAUGAUUUGGUAGUGAACUGUUUGGAUAUUAUGAGUAAAUAAUUUUAACACGCUA